AUGAGACUAGACGAGAACAUAAACCAGUUCAGCAGACACGGCACCGGCGCCAAAGGAGAUCGGGGAAGAAUAGAGCAAAGGGAGGAAUCCCAGAGCCUCCACCGCGGCAAAAGUGCGUCUCUAGAUCCCGACCACGCCGCCGCAGACGACCCCCCUCCUUUCAUCGACGACAUCGAUUCGGUCUCCUCCUUCCCUCCGCUGGUCGACGGCUCCCCUGACCCCCAGCAGCAGUCGGCGUCGUUCGUCAACUCCUUCAGCCAGUUCAAACGGUGGCCCUGCCACGUCCCCUCGCCGCAUCCGCUGCACAAAUCGGUCUCCACGCCCGUUUUGUUCGAGCCGCAGACGGAUGCGCGGUCGAAUCGGGGUGCGGCGGAUCUCAAUCUCAACGAGAUUCGGAUUUCCUACAGUGAGAAACUGGUUGCGGCGGCGGCUGCCAAUUUGGGAUUUACAAAUAGCUUUACGAAGGAUCGGAUGCUGAAGAUGGGGAACCCAGCCUCGCCGUCGCCAUCUCCAUCGCCUUCCCCUUCGCCGCAUCUGAGCCCCUUUCGGACGACAUCCAAUUCGUCGGAGGAGUCUACUCCGAAGCCGAAGCCGAAGCCGACGGCGCACGUUGUUGUUGGGGGUAUUACUUGCCCGAUGGUCCGCAAGCUGUCGCUGGUGCGGCAUCGGAACUGCUCGUUGAACGGGAAGAUUAGCUUCAUAAAGACAUGA